GCGGGCCCGCCUCCGCCGGCUAGGUGAAGGUGAGAGUCUCCUCCAGCAGGCUCAGCUAGACCAGACCCAGCAGGUUAAGGCCCGCGGUGGAAGUUCUCGGCUCACUCGAGCUCUCUCGAUAUGGCGCCUCCGUCAGUCUUUACCGAGGUUCCGCAGGCCCAGCCAGUCCUUGUCUUUAAGCUCAUUGUCGACUUCCGAGAGGAUCCGGAUCCCCGCAAGGUCAACCUAGGAGUGGGAGCUUAUCGCACGGAUGACUGCCAGCCCUGGGUUUUGCCUGUAGUGAGGAAGGUGGAGCAGAAGAUUGCUACGGACAGCAGCCUUAACCACGAGUAUCUGCCGAUCCUGGGCCUACCCGAGUUCCGGUCCCAUGCUUCUCGCCUUGCCCUUGGGGAUGACAGCCCAGCUCUCCGGGAGAAGCGGGUAGGAGGUGUGCAGUCUUUGGGGGGAACAGGUGCACUUCGAAUUGGAGCCGAGUUCUUAGCGCAGUGGUACAAUGGAACAAACAACAAGGACACACCUGUUUAUGUGUCCUCACCAACCUGGGAUAAUCAUAAUGGUGUAUUUUCUGCUGCUGGAUUUAAAGACAUUCGGUCCUAUCGCUAUUGGGAUGCAGCAAAGAGAGGACUUGACCUUCAGGGUUUCCUGAGUGAUCUGGAGAAUGCUCCUGAGUUUUCCAUCUUCAUCCUCCAUGCCUGUGCGCACAAUCCCACCGGGACCGACCCAACUCCGGAGCAGUGGAAGGAGAUUGCCGCCGUCAUGAAGCGCCGGUUUCUGUUCCCCUUCUUUGACUCAGCCUAUCAGGGCUUCGCAUCUGGAGACCUAGAGAAGGACGCCUGGGCCGUUCGCUAUUUUGUGUCUGAAGGAUUCGAGCUCUUCUGUGCCCAGUCCUUCUCCAAGAACUUCGGGCUCUACAAUGAGCGAGUGGGGAAUCUGACCGUGGUUGCAAAAGAAGCUGAUAGCAUCCUGCGGGUCCUUUCCCAGAUGGAGAAGAUCGUGCGAAUUACUUGGUCCAAUCCCCCUGCUCAGGGAGCGCGAAUCGUGGCCACUACGCUCUCUAACCCCGAGCUCUUUAAGGAAUGGAUAGGUAAUGUGAAGACAAUGGCUGACCGGAUUCUGUCCAUGAGAUCUGAACUCAGGGCACGGUUAGAAGCCCUCAAGACCCCUGGAACCUGGAACCACAUCACCGAGCAAAUUGGAAUGUUCAGCUUCACCGGGUUGAACCCCAAGCAGGUUGAAUAUCUGAUCAGAGAAAAGCACAUCUAUCUGAUGCCAAGUGGUCGGAUCAACAUGUGUGGCUUAACCACCAAAAAUCUAGAAUACGUGGCCACCUCCAUCCAUGAAGCAGUCACCAAAAUCCAGUGAAGAAGCAUCACCCAAAUCAGCACCACCAAAGCAGUUCUCGAUCCUGUGUGUUCCCUGCCUGCACAAACCUAGUUGUAUAUACAUCACAGAUUAGAGACUACGAUGGACUGCAGGUGGCCCCUGUUUAAACUGGCCCGAUGUGAAGGGAACACCCGUUAAAAAAAAAUGCUGGCCUGGGAUUAGAGCCCUUUUGGAGGUCAGAGAAAAGUAAGAUUUCUUUUGAAGAAGAAUAAAGUACUUUGAUCAUGAGUUGUAGAUAACUUGCCCCCUUGCUAGAAGCAGGAGGGUGGCCUGUGUUGCUUGUGUGCUUCUUUGUGUUGCUUGACUCUGUACAAAGUCUGGUCCCAAAGAUCAAGUUGUCUGAAGAGCCCCGUGUGAUUGUGGGUUUUGGCUGUGUCAUUAAAACUCAUCACCUCCACUCAGAGUGUCUGUCUCCCUGCUCGUUCUGCAUGGGUGUGUCCCUAGCCCUAAGCUUUAGUUCUUUAGGGCAACCAUGGAAAGAAAUAUAUUUACAUUUCACACACACACACUUAAUUGAAAUAAACAUUUCAUAGAACCGUAUUUACCCUUGCUCUGUGUAGUACAUUCUGAUAUUUCAGUCCAUCGUAUUCUAUUGUGUUCUGUUUCCCUGAAGAAAUAAAAGUGCUGAUUGAGACCUAAA